GUUGGGCAUCUCCGGCGCGGCCCACGCUUGGAUUGCGUCCUACCUGACAGGUCGCUCCUACCAGGUGGCGAAUCGCAUCUCUGCAUGUCUGGCAGACAUAUCAGUGUGGAUGACGGAUCACCACCUCAAGCUGAACCUCAGCAAGACGGAGCUCCUCUUCCUCCCGGGGAAGGACUGCCCGUUCCAUGAUCUCGCCAUCACGGUUGACAACUCCAUUGUGUCCUCCUCCCAGAGCGCUAAGAACCUUGGCGUGAUCCUGGACAACACACUGACGUUCUCAACUAACAUCAAGGCGGUGUCCCGUUCCUGUAGGUUCAUGCUCUACAACAUCCGCAGAGUACGACCCUGCCUCACACAGGAAGCGGCGCAGGUCCUAAUCCAGGCACUUGUCAUCUCCCGUCUUGAUUACUGCAACUCGCUGUUGGCUGGGCUCCCUGCCUGUGCCAUUAAACCCCUACAACUCAUCCAGAACGCCGCAGCCCGUCUGGUGUUCAACCUUCCCAAGUUCUCUCACGUCACCCCGCUCCUCCGCUCUCUCCACUGGCUUCCAGUUGAAGCUCGCAUCCGCUACAAGACCAUGGUGCUCGCCUACGGAGCUGUGAGGGGAACGGCACCUCAGUACCUCCAGGCUCUGAUCAGGCCCUACACCCAAACAAGGGCACUGCGUUCAUCCACCUCUGGCCUGCUCGCCUCCCUACCACUGAGGAAGUACAGUUCCCGCUCAGAUGUUCUUGCCUUAGAUGAGAAGCCCCUGAUUGAUCGUACUCCACCGGUCGCUGAGCCCAAAGCCCCGGGAUG